AGCCCAAAAGCUCCACGCCCAGCCCACUUGCGGGGUCAUCAAAACCCUACCCCUAGCGCCCCCCAUUCUCCCCACCCCAGCCGCCGCCACCUCGUCGCUUGAGGCAGGAGCUUGUGAAAGUUCCCUAAGACUGACAAGAUGGUUCUGAAGACUGAACUUUGCCGUUUUAGUGGCCAGAAGAUAUAUCCAGGGAAGGGAAUCAGGUUCAUUCGUGCCGAUUCCCAGGUUUUCCUCUUCGCCAACUCAAAAUGCAAGCGUUACUUCCACAACCGCCUGAAGCCUGCUAAGCUUACCUGGACAGCUAUGUACAGGAAGCAGCACAAGAAGGACAUUCAUGCUGAAGCUGUCAGGAAGAGGCGUCGCACCACCAAGAAGCCAUACUCACGGUCAAUUGUUGGUGCCACUUUGGAAGUUAUCCAAAAGAAGAGAAGUGAGAAGCCUGAAGUUCGUGAUGCUGCUAGAGAGGCUGCUCUGCGUGAGAUCAAGGAGCGCAUUAAGAAAACCAAGGAUGAAAAAAAGGCAAAGAAGGCAGAGGUGUCGAAAUCUCAGAAGACACAAACCAAGAGCGCUGCGCCGAAGGGUUCCAAAGGCCCGAAGAUCGGUGGCGGUGGUGGGAAGCGCUGAAUAUUGCUUGCAUGAUAGAGAUAUAGUUCUGCUGCCUAGCCUUCUCUCCAACCCUAUCAUAGACCUUGGUAGAGUUACUGCCGUCUUGAAUUUUCACCUUUAAAAUGAGAUUUGCGUGUCCUAAAUGUUUUGGAUUAUUCCUUUAAGAGUUGUUGACAUUGGUGGCACUUAUCUGUCAAUUUUUAUUCACCAAGUUUCCUGCCAUGGUCAGCUUCCUGCCAUGGUUCAGUAGCUUUUGAUUCAA